CGUAGAAUAUGCCUUCCUCAUUAUCUUUCUGAUAGAGGCUCUGCUAAAGAUAUGUGCCCAAGGCUUUCUCUUCCAUCCAGGCGCGUAUCUACGAAACGGAUGGAAUAUAUUAGAUUUUCUCAUCGUAGCUGUAGGGGUUAUAAGUACAAUUUUAUCAUUACGAAAUGUCGAGAACAACAAUUUUGAUGUUAAAGCUCUACGCGCCUUCAGAGUAUUCAGGCCUCUACGUCUAGUUUCAGGGGUACCAAGUUUACAAGUUGUUUUGAAUUCCAUUUUCCGUGCCAUGGUGCCCCUCCUCCACAUUGCCCUCCUCGUUAUCUUCGUCAUCAUCAUCUAUGCUGUAAUUGGUCUGGAACUUUUCAUGGAGUAUAUGCAUAAAACGUGUUACUACAAGGACACAACUAUAAUAGCGAUGGACGACCCUCAUCCGUGUGGGAGUGGAUUCAAGUGUGCGGAUCUCAUGGAGAAUGGAAUCAACAACACGGAUUGCUAUGAAUACUGGGAGGGUCCAAACGAUGGCAUCACAACGUUUGAUAACAUUGGACUUGCCAUGCUAACAGUGUUUCAAUGUAUCACCAUGGAGGGGUGGACGGACAUCAUGUAUGACAUCAAUGAUGGCGCUGGUUGGUGGCCAUUCUUCUACUUUGUUAGUCUGAUCAUCAUUGGGUCAUUCUUUGUCCUCAACCUUGUUCUUGGUGUCCUUAGUGGGGAAUUCUCCAAGGAGAGAGAAAAGGCCAAAGCAAGAGGAGCGUUUCAGAAGCUACGAGAGAAGCAACAGAUAGAGGAGGAUCUUCGAGGCUACUUAGACUGGAUCACACAAGCGGAGGACAUUGAUCCUGAUAAUGACAGUGAGCAAAAUAAAGGUCCGCCUAAACACGUUCUCUGGAAGAGACUUGGUACCUUAAACACCAAAGUUCCAAAACCCAUUAGCGAAUCAGAUUCAGAUGAUAAAUCAGAAGAAAUGGGAAGCAGUGAAAUACCUCAGCAACAAUGGAUGCAGAAAGAAAGGCGUCAACUUAGACGAUGGAAUAGAAGGUGUCGUAGGUUAUGUCGGCAGGCAGUAAAAUCGCAAGCAUUCUAUUGGAUCGUCAUCAUCAUGGUCUUCUUCAAUACAGUGAUCCUAGCCUCGGAGCACUAUAACCAGCCUUCGUGGCUCCGAGAUUUCCAAGACUUUGGAAAUUUGUGUUUUGUUGUGAUAUUUACGGUGGAGAUGAUAAUCAAGAUGUACAGCCUGGGUCUACAGGGCUACUUUGUAUCACUCUUCAACCGGUUUGAUUGUUUUGUGGUGUGUAGCAGUAUCAUAGAAGUGGUCUUAAUCUAUGCCCAUAUCAUCCCUCCCAUUGGUAUCAGCGUCUUGCGCUGUGUCAGACUACUCAGGGUCUUUAAAGCAACAAGAUAUUGGACAGCGCUAAGGAACUUGGUUGCAUCCCUCCUCAACAGUAUGCGCUCCAUCGCUAGUUUGCUUCUCCUUCUAUUUCUCUUCAUCCUCAUCUUCGCUCUCUUAGGAAUGCAAGUCUUUGGAGGCCAUUUUAACUUUGACAGCACGCAGCUAAAGCCUCGAAGCAACUUUGAUUCCUUCUUUCAGUCUCUCUUCACAGUGUUUCAAAUCUUGACUGGUGAAGACUGGAAUGAAGUGAUGUAUGAUGGCAUUCAGGCUUACGGUGGAGUCAAGUCAAUUGGAUUCCUAGCUAGUACCUAUUUUAUCAUCCUAUACAUAUGUGGCAACUACAUCCUUCUCAACGUGUUCUUGGCUAUUGCUGUAGACAAUCUUGCCGAUGCAGAAUCCCUCACAGCCUUGGAGAAGGAGAAAGAGGAAGAGAAGAGGAACAAGUCCAUAAGAAGAGCAAAUGAGUUUGAUCUUUCUAAGCAGCUGCCCCCAGGUGUUGAUCCUAAGGGAGUGAUCCGGGGACCCAAGAGGUUACAGGAGAAGCGUAAAGCCGUUUUCAGCAAAGAAGCAGAUGGUUCAUUGAAUCACAAAAACAAGUCACAAGAUAGUGAAGAAAAAGUACAUGUGAUUGAUGAAGAUGAUGUAAAGAAGUCUCUGAAAGAACCAGAUGAAGAUGAUGAAGAAGAAGAAGAAGAAGUAGAGACUCUCACCACAGCUUCAGCAAGACCAAGAAGGCUUUCAGAACUCAACAUACCCACCAAAACAAGACCCAUGCCCAAAGCAAAUGCCCUUUUUGUAUUCUCAAGUUCAAAUAAAUUUCGCCGUUUUUGUUUUAUGCUCGUGAAUCAUCCUUAUUUUACCAAUGUGGUACUGGUUUUAAUCCUCAUAAGCAGUGCCAUGUUGGCAGCUGAGGAUCCAAUCGAUGAGAAGGGAAAUUUAAAUAGGAUCUUGAGCUAUUUUGAUUACGGAUUUACUUCAAUAUUUACAAUUGAAAUUCUUCUUAAGGUUGUUGCCUAUGGACUUGUUUUCCAUCGAGGUGCCUUCUGUCGUAAUUCUUUCAAUUUAUUGGAUCUGCUAGUUGUAACUGUAGCCUACAUUUCAAUCCUAUUCAAAGAUCAGAAAAUUUCAGCAGUGAAGACUCUGAGGGUUCUCAGGGUACUUAGGCCACUUCGAGCGAUAAACAGAGCUAAGGGGCUUAAGCACGUGGUUCAGUGUGUAUUUGUGGCCAUCAAGACGAUAGGGAACAUCAUGCUUGUUACACUGCUCCUAGUCUUCAUGUUUGCCUGCAUUGGUGUACAAUUAUUCAACGGAAGGUUCUUCUCCUGCAAUGAUUCCUCUAAGCUCUAUGAGGAAGACUGUCAAGGCCAUUAUUUUGUAUACAAGAAUGGGGACUUGAAUCAAGUAUCGGUUGAACAGCGUGUAUGGAGUAAGAAUGAAUUCCAUUUUAAUGAUGUAGGAAAUGCAAUGUUGGCUCUCUUUACUGUUGCAACGUUCGAGGGAUGGCCAAAGCUUUUGUAUGUGGCUGUAGACUCUACUGAGGAUGAUAAGGGUCCAAUUCACAGCUCACGCAUGCCUGUAGCAGUAUUCUUCUUUGCAUACAUCAUUGUCAUUGCAUUCUUCAUGGUCAACAUCUUCGUUGGUUUCGUCAUCGUCACUUUCCAGAAUGAGGGAGAGCAAGAAUACAAAAAUUGUGAACUAGAUAAAAAUCAGAGAAAUUGUCUAGAGUUUGCUCUGAAGGCCAAACCUCAACGAAAAUACAUCCCAAAGAAUCCAAAGCAACACUUAGUUUGGAAGCUAGUCACAUCUAGGGGAUUUGAGUACUUCAUUUUUGUUCUCAUCAUGGUCAAUACUAUUAUUCUUGCCAUGAAGUAUCGCACACAAACAGACACCUACAGGAAUGUACUGGAUUACAUGAACAUUGUGUUUACAGCUGUUUUUACUGUAGAAUUCCUACUCAAGAUCAUUGCAUACAAGCCCAAGAACUACUUCCGGGACUAUUGGAACUUUUUUGAUUUCAUCAUUGUACUAGGGAGCAUCAUAGAUAUAAUGAUAGACAUGUUUAGUGGGAAUGAUGGGAAGAAGCAGUUUAGCAUCAACUUCUUCCGAUUGUUUCGAGUAAUGAGAUUGGUCAAGCUCCUAAGCAGGGGAGAAGGAAUUCGGACUCUGCUGUGGACAUUUAUCAAGUCUUUCCAGGCCCUGCCAUAUGUAGCGUUAUUAAUCGUCAUGUUGUUUUUUGUAUAUGCUGUUAUUGGAAUGCAGAUGUUUGGUAGAAUCAAGAUAACAUUGGAUGAUGCUAUAAAUCGGAAUAAUAACUUCCGUACAUUCCCUCUUGCUGUAAUGGUGCUAUUCAGAUCAGCUACAGGUGAAGCUUGGCAGCAGAUCAUGAUGGCUUGUGCUCAUUCACCCAACGCUCCUUGUCACAAAAAUGAAGAAGACAUAUGUGGCAAUGAUUUUGCCUAUUUUUAUUUCAUCUCUUUCUACAGCAUCUGUUCAUUCCUGAUCAUUAAUUUAUUUGUAGCUGUCAUCAUGGAUAAUUUUGAUUAUCUAACACGUGAUUGGUCAAUUCUAGGACCACAUCAUUUAGAUGAGUUUGUCAGACAAUGGUCAGAGUUUGAUCCAGAUGCAACGGGUCGCAUCAAACAUCUAGAUGUAGUAACAUUACUGCGCUGCAUUUCCCCUCCCUUAGGUUUUGGGAAACUUUGCCCUCAUAGAAUUGCAUGCAAGAGGUUAGUCACAAUGAACAUGCCACUCAAUAGUGAUGGUACGGUCAUGUUCAAUGCUACACUGUUUGCCCUCAUAAGAACAUCAUUAAAAAUAAAAACAGAAGGUAAUAUAGAUCAAUGUAAUGAGGAACUUAGAACAGUAAUCAAGAAGAUUUGGAAGAGGACGAGUACUAAACUAUUGGACCAAGUAGCUCCACCAGCAGGAGCUGAUGAUGAUGUAACAGUGGGCAAAUUUUAUGCAACAUUCCUGAUUCAGGAUUACUUCCGUCGUUUUAAGAAGCGCAAACAGGAGGGUCUGAAGGCUACAGGGCAGGACAACAGCACAUUUGCACUUCAGGCUGGAUUAAGAACCCUGCAUGAGAUUGGACCACAGAUCAAGAGAGCUAUAUCAGGCAACCUGGAAGGCAUGGAUGAGAAUGAACAGUUUGAGCAUGAAGAACCAAAUCAUAGGAGAAGUCACUCAUUAUUUGGCACUGUGCUCAACAUGUACCACAACCGUCGCCAGUCCACCCCAAUGGCCAACACCCACUACCAGGGUCGCGACCCCCCUCCAGCCUACUAUCCCAACAAUGCCAACACCAACCUAGUGAUAGCGCCUCCGUCCAAUCAGCAUCGCAAGCUCUCUCCAGCAAACAGUCUCAACAACUACAACCACAAUCCACAGAACAAGUCCCCUUUCAACAUGUCCUCCAAGUCCCCAUCAGCCAUCAGGGGGCGUGGUGGGCCGUACUCCCCCAAUGCCAACUCCCUUCAGGUUUCCUCACCUCAUACAAGAGGCUUCUCACCAGUAGGUAACAGGAUACCCGGAGGAAGGGGUAUGCCCAAUAACAGAGGGCCUGGCAAUAGACACAGCACAAAAGAAGGCAGACAGCCCCUCCUUCCAAAUGAGGAUCGUCACCACCAUCAUCAUAACAACCAUCAUCAUUCUCCUGAUUCGCCUUAUGAUGAUGAUGAUGUGGAGGAUGUAGAACCAAAGUCUCCGUCUUCACCACCGGUACCGGAUGAAGAGUAUCAUCCAGAACCAUAUCAACAGCCUUACAGAGAACCCUAUAGGGACUACUCAAGCCUCUACACUGUGUAUGAGGAACCCCCUACCCUAAGAACAGAGUGUUACCAGGAGGAAGAUGAGGACAACCUUUCAGAGACAUCAUCCCACCCUCCUACAUCACCCCUCCUAAGCCCUCAACGAUCCCCAUCAUCAUCCCGUAGUCAUAGUCCUACUCCACCCCCACAACACAACUCCAGUAACCACCCUUCCCCCUCAGCCAACCUUACCCCGGACUUCUCCACGACGGUGCCAUCACCUACUGAAACAAGUCUUCCAAAGCUUGAGGGUGAGAGUAUAGGGAGUCGCAGUGUGACCCACAGUCCCCGCAAGUCACCUGCCGGUUCACCUAGCAGACGGCUGCUGCUGCCCUCGUGUGUUGGCAAAUCAGAUGGUUUAGUGCCUGCAGGGGAUCGUAAGACGGCAGUGCCUAUCAAGCUAGCUCAGGCACAGGUCAUGGCGGUAGCUGGUAUGACGCCCGAAGGCAAGACGCGCAACUCGACAGGACGAAUGUGGCUUACACCUCCCUCUUCCCCACGUCGGAUCCGAUCCUCCCUUCACACCCCUGCACCCCGCCCUACCACUCAGAGUUCACAUCUCCUUCCCACCACGGGAUCGGCUUCCAACUCAACGAUGAGUCACAUUGUAGUGAAGGAGCCUCUUGCUCAGAGGCACUCCACUGGAGAGAUUGGAACAUCACGCGACCCCUCUGCAGCCUUCUUCAAGUCACUAACCAAAUCUAAGACACUUCAACAAUCUGUGACUAGAAAUAACCCCAGUCCUGAAGAAGUAGCUGGUAGUGCAGAAAGUUUAGUAGCUCAGGUGCUAGCAGGGGAAGGCAUCUCGCCCAUUCAUGACAGGGACCUAAUCAACAUGGCCGAACGUGAGUUAGCCGAGGCCUGUAAUAUGACACAGGCUGAAUUAGACUCUGCUGCCCAUCGUAUCCUCUUCCCGAAGGACAAGAUGGCAAACGUCCCCGUCGUAACCACCACCGCCACCUCUGUGGACACCCAACUGCCGUAUUUUGACCACCUGGGUGGCUAUGAGUUGCGGGACUAUACGCGCAGGUCGGGUCACAAUCGGACUAAUGAUAAUGAUGAGGAAGACGGGGAUGGAAGUCGGGCGGGGCACGAGACAGACAGCGACACAGAGUUGGGAACAAUGGAGGCUGAUGAACAUGGGGUGCUCUAUGUAACUACGUUAUAGCAGCAGCUCGUCCAUAGGACCACUUACGUUUUCUACAUAGAUGUAUAUAGUCAUGUUGUGUGCUGUGUUAUCAACGCUAUAGAUCAACCUUCUAUGUAUGGUGAACUAAAUCAAGAAGGACCUAGCAUCAUCCAUCAUGUUAGUCAGUUGGCAAUCAACUAUGGUGACAUUUGUAGGCCAUAUUCAAGUGAUCACCGGUGCUGAAUUUGUCGAGAACAGUAAGUGGACUUCAUGAUGGUCCAUUCUGUGAUGAUGCCUCAAAUCCUAUCUUGUCUAGCAUUGAUUUUGACAUGACUAAAAUUUUGUUUGAUUGAUUAAUUUCAUAUGGUGGAUGCACAGAGAUGUAUUAAAAAGUAUCAUAUGGAUUCGACAAGGGUAUAGAUGUGUGAAGAAUGUCAAAUUUAAUGACAAAUAAUAGAUUUUUAUCUCAGUACAAUGAAGAUUUAUAGAAGACAUAUUUUAAAGCAAGGCAAGUGUUUGUGUGCCUGUUUAUGUCGGGUAUUGUCAUUCUCUGUCUUAAUUGAAGAGUUGUAUUUUAAGAGUAGAGCUACCAAAUUGUUUGUAUUGUUUUUUUUCUCAUGAAUCAAAUAUAUAUUUGUUGUAAAUAUAUAUUUGUAUAUACACAGAAGUCUCCUCUAUGUGGAGUUUGCUAUGUAUACGCAUGCCUGGUGCACUGUUAUACCACAAUUUUAUAUCAUCACCAUUAUGUAUAUAUGUGAUUAUACAUUUUGAAAAUGAAAUGGAAAUUUUUUUUAAAUGAAGAGAUUGUAUAUAAAAGGUAUAUACAGUCAUUACUCAAUCAUGAGCAUAGUAACAUAUGCAUUAUUUGUAAAGAGUGACAUUUUAUUUUCGUCUGAUCCAAUGAGUCAUUUUAAUUUUUUGUAGUGAAGCGCAAUUGAUAGUUAUUUUCCUGUCAUAGAGUACUCCAUAGUAAAUAUGUAUUCAUCUUUAUAAUUUGAAAAUAUUUAUUAUUAAUGAACAAGAUAAGCACAAUUUUUUUUUUAUACCACUGCAAAUAUUGCGACACCUGUCUUAAUGUGAGAUAUAAUCUUCAGUCAGACUUUAGAAUGUCCUUUCAACUGCAGUAUCAUAAAUUCAAAAUGAAGUAUGUUUUUUCUGUUUGUAACACAUUGCAUUUUCACACUUGAAGGCUCUUAAUCUGCAUUUGUGAUCCUGAACUGUGCAUAAUUACGAUCCUACUUUGGUUGAAGUGUGCAACACGUUGAUUAAUGUUGUAUUGACAGUGUGACAUCACAAUGCUUUCCAAUAAGUAUUAGGGCUUGAAUUCAACCUUAGAAUGUUAGGGUAUUGAAUUGAGCCUAAUUUACAUAAGAUUUUCAGCCAAGCAAAUAACUUAAUGAAAGUUUUACUUUAUCCAAAUGUUGAUUUGAAUACUGACAGGAAAAAUUAUUUUGCUAGACUGAAUCACUACGCUCUUGUUUUUGUAGUUGUCCUGGGUGCAUGACUUAACAAGAUUGUAAAGAAAACAUAUAUACCUACAAGGCAGUAAGUAAAAGAUUUCAUAUAAAAACAUCUCAAAUUGAAACCCUUAAUCUCACUCACCCCAAAAUGCAUAUAUAUGUAUUGCAUAUGUUUGCAUUUAUUACGUAUGUUUAGGGAAAUAAAAGUGCUCUUAUUAUGUCUUAUGAAAGACAGAAAAAUAUUAAUGAAAUAUUUCUGAUAUAUAUUACUGACUGACAUUGCCAUGGUUCAUAAGAAACAGGAUAUAUUUCUUUCCUCUUUAAAAAAGUAACAAAUAUUUCUCAUCUCUAGUUGUAGAAAAUAUGUUGUACCAAUAACCAUCUUGUUCAUUGUUUAUUGUAAUGGAUUUCCUUUCUAUAGUUAUGUUAUGAAUAUUUACCCUUUAUCAUCUAACUUCUUAUUCUGUGCCAGUGUUUGUUACUAAUUUCUAAAUUUUAUAAACCAUGUUUAUGUUUAACUUACCAAAGCCACUUUAACAUAAAAAAAAAUUGCACCUAUUUCAAAAAUGUUUAUAUAGAAUUCAAAUCCAACAACAUUCUUUAUAUGAAUAAAUUAUUGUCAAGAAAAAAAAAUGUUAGGAAUAUUGUGUAGACUUUUGUUAUGAUCAGAAAAACAUGGAUGCAGAAAUCUCUAAUCUUGUCUUUGAUAUAGUAUUGUGAUGUACUGAAUUAUUUGUUCGCAGAACUUUAUAACAUAUCGGGAUUUAUAUCUCAUAUUAUGAAACUACAGAGUGCAGAUUUAAAUUUGGUGCUGCUUGACCUGAUUGCUGAGAUGUUCUCUCUCAUUCAUGUUAAAUCAUUAUGUUUCAUAGUCUAUUGUAUUUCUGAUGUCAGAAAUAAUUAUUGGGAUUUGAAAAACAGAAAGUUUUUAUUCAUUUCUGAGAAUGAAAUAAGAUCAAAACGGCAGUGUCAUCAUAACAUUAGGGAGUAGUCAUGGUGCAAUAGUUAUUUCAAAGAAUAUACCAAUCCUUCUGUGAUUUCCGAUAUUACUGCACAAUGGUUCAUACAAAUUCUUAUUACAUUAUGCAUGCUUGCAAACCUUUUUCUCCCAAUUUCAUCUACGCAUAUCUCAAUAGCUGUACAAAUCAUCAUUAGGGCUCCGUAACACAAAGAUUUGUAAUCAAUCGCCAAAUGGCAAUGGCAACACGAUUGUUUUUGUAUGCUGAUGAUGUUCAAAACGAUAAUCAGAAACCAGUCAGAACUGUUCUCUCCCAUUUGAAAUCCAUGAUCACAAACCUUCAUGUUACGGGGUCCAGAUUAUUCUUCUGAUAUUAUUAUAAUUGAUGUAAUUUAUUAAUGUUGGUAAAUGGCCUUAUAUUUCUUGAAUAUUAGAAUGUGGAGAAAAUGUAUGGAUUUUGAAUAGAUUAUUUAAUGUAUUGUUUGACAUCACUGUGACCUACUACUGGUAGUAUUAAUAUUAUUUGAGAGAUUUUGUGUUCACAUUGUAUGUCAGAUUCAUGUUUAAAUGUACUUGUUAUUUAUUUGCUGAAAAUUUUAUUUUGUUGUUUGUGUGUGAGUAACCCCGCAACUUCAGCUCUUUCAGAAAAAAAAGCAAACCAUAGUCCAUUUAGUUUUAUGUUGCAGUUGUGUAUUUUCAUUGUGAACAAAUACUGUGCAAGCCAUUGAUGACUUUUGAAAAAUGUUGUCACGGUGUAUACUGACAGUGACCUGAAUUUACCUUUUUUUCCUGACAAUAUCCAAGACAUCGAAUACUGCUUUUAAAUUUCAACAUCUGAAUCUGAUUCACACCAUAUCAUUAUUGUCAUUUUUAAAAAUCAGUUUCAUGUGUUCCCUCAUAUUUUUUUUAUUUCAAAUUCUUUUAAUACCCUAUAGUCAUAGGUAUUUUCUUUUCAUUCAAUUUUGUGAUGUAGGAGAGAAAAAAAAGAUGCUGGGCUUCCAAAAAUUGUUCAUAUGAAUAACUGCAGAAAAGCUAGCAUUCCAGUCUGACAUCCUAUCUUCUUAUUUCUAAAAUAUUUCUUUUUUUAAAGACGUCCACAUUAACUAUUUCGAAAAUGACAUAACCAGAAGCUAAACAUCCGUCUUUAGCUUCAAAUUUUACUCUAGCAUUGUACAUCAUAAUGGUAUAGCUAGGGUAUGAACUUUCACCGUUUCCUGAAGCUAGGUGGCAAUGGGGUGGUUUUGAUAAAUGGAUUACAUUUGGAAACCUGAUAUUGAGAACAGAGAAUCAUCCAUCGAUUUAAUCGACAACUCUUCAUAUUGCGAAGGGAUGUAAAGAUGAUGGCAUGAAAGAUAUAUUGGGGUGUUUGUUUUCUUUGCAAAGAAAUAUACAUAGAGCUAUAAGUCACUCCGUGAGAGGCUAGAUGGGUCAAAUAAAUUGAAAGAUAGGCCUGAUGAUGUCAGUGAUUCCUUCUUGGUCUAAGUGGUGCCUCAGUAUAUGAGAAGAAAAUUCCUCUUUUAUAGUAGGGAAUUAGCUAAAGUAAGUGACUUGUUUGGAUAUCUCCUUUAGCACAGGGCUAAGCUGCAAUGGGGUUUAUGUUGAGUAGAAAUGGACAUUGGGAUAUAGCUAGAAAUAAGAUGGAAACCUAAAGUUAGAGUUCUUAAAGACAUUCUUCUUAUGAUUGACCGAAAAUAGUUGUUUACUUUCCCUUCCCAAAUUGAAUCGUUGGCUAUGUGACAAAGGUUUACAAUCAUUCAAAUGCAGCGGACAAUCAAGAUCAUUGUAGCAUUUGCUUAAAUGAUUUGAUCAACCACCGACCUGGAACCAAUCAUUUUUCUGUCAUAUUUGCAAUCCAUCGGUGUUAAGGAGCACCAGGUACAAAGUGUCUAUUUUGCAUUACUACUACUGAGUCAUGCAUCGACCAUUUUACACAGUAUUUUUAAUAAAUGUGUGUAGGCUUUUACACUUAUUGUACUUUUAAUGUAUGUAUGUCAUUUACAAGGAAAACAUUAUCUGUCAAGUGGGGUAUUGUCUGUCAAGACUCCAUGUGGUUGCAUGUAACUAAGAUCAUGCAUUACAAGCAGAUUUACUAUGAAAUUCAGGGGCAAUGCUACAGGGGGGCACAGGGGAGACCACCCCUGUCCUUUUAAGCAGUCAUUGAAGGGAAAAAACAGCAGGAAAGAGGAGAAAAGAGAGGAGUAAAAGGAAAAUGAAAAGAAAGACUAUGACAAAACAGAGAUCUGUGAUGUGUUACUAUAAAAUACACUUGUUAUAUUCAAUUGCCCCCCCCCCUUAAUAAUACUCUAGCACCGUCCCUUAUUGAAUUUCAUGGUGGUGAUGCUUUGAUAGUAUGAUGCAGCUCUGGGCCUGUAACACAAUACAAUAACAUAGUAAUUGUAGUUGGGCUGAUUUUGAAGAUAAUUGCAUUGAUCAUCAUGUGCAAUAAGUUUUCAAAUUAACUGAACACUCAAUCAUUACGCAUUUGGUCUCAGAUGCACAUGAAAUGAUUUUGGCUUCAACAUACCAUUAAGGAUUGUAAUGAACGUAUAAUUAAUGUCAUCUUAUGAAACUCUAAAAUCAGGUCAUCAACCAUGUCAAUGUGCCGACACCACACACAAACCGAGCAGCUAAAACCAUUUUGGAAAUUCAUCAUUAUCUUCAAUGCUGCUGUUGGGGGAAAAGAAACACCUAAAAAUUUCAUAUAUAGAUACAAUUUUUACGACUUUUUUAACUUCUUUUAUCAGUUGUUUCUCACUUAUUGAUGUUAACAUUUUUGUUUUUCUUAUUUAUCGUGUCUGAGCGAUGGUUAUAUUAAAUGAUGUCCAAUGAUUCAUGUGACAUUGCAAUUGUUAUGUCAUGAAGUUGUACAGAGUACCUGUUGGGGUUGUUAAAUAAAACAUUUUAUGAAAUUAUCACAUA